GGGGCGGCGACAAAGCCCGAGGGGGACACGCUCCUGGCGGAGGACAGGAAGGCGGCCCACGCCUUCUGGGUGCAGACCGUGAUGAAGAUCACGAAUCCCGAGGAGCUCGCGGACACGAUCCGCUAUUGCAAAGCCAAGAGGGUCAAGACCAAGUCCCCCGAGGGCGAGGACAUGGUGAAGGUGCAGUUCCUGCUGGCAGGAGAGCUCCCAGAAGCAAUCGGGCUGCUGAAGGCGAUCAGAGCGACGCUCCGCGCCGAGGGCGGCAUCAAGACGAUUGGAGGAGCGCCUCGUGGGGUGCUCGUGAGGGAGGCGCAGCGGCUGCUGGACGUAGUCAAGUGA